AACGCGGGCUUUCUUUUUCCUCGAAAUCUCGAAUUGCGAACAUAACCUCUAAAGAAACGUGCGUGUAAAUAGUGUUUUGACAGGAGAUUAUUAUCAUCUAUAUUUUUAAUUAUUAUUCCCAAAUAUGACGAACAUCAAGGAUAAAUCGAAAAAUCUACCAUGGGUUGAAAAAUACCGGCCAGCUCAAUUAGAUGAUCUUAUAUCUCACGAAGAAAUUAUAAGAACCAUAAACAAAUUCAUUGAAGCAAAUCAGUUGCCACAUCUUUUGUUAUAUGGACCACCAGGUACUGGAAAAACAAGUACAAUUUUAGCCUGUGCUCGUAAAUUAUAUACACCUGCUCAAUUUAAUUCAAUGGUCCUUGAAUUGAAUGCUUCUGAUGAUAGAGGAAUUGGUAUCGUGAGGGGACAAAUUUUAAGUUUUGCCAGUACCGGAACAAUUUAUCGAUCUGGAUAUAAACUUAUUAUCCUCGAUGAAGCCGAUGCUAUGACCAAUGAUGCUCAAAAUGCCCUUCGAAGAAUUAUCGAGAAGUAUACAGAAAAUGUGCGUUUUUGUAUUAUUUGCAAUUAUCUCAGUAAAAUAAUACCUGCCCUUCAAUCGCGUUGCACAAAAUUUAGAUUUGGUCCAUUACAACCUGAACAAAUCCUUCCGCGAUUGGAAUACGUUAUUGAGCAAGAAAAAUUAGACGUGAGUGAGGAUGGAAAAAUAGCUUUAAUUACAUUAAGUGGCGGUGAUAUGAGAAAAGUAAUUAACGUACUUCAAAGUACAUGGCUUGCAUUGGGAUCCGUUACAGAGGAUAAUGUUUAUACUUGCGUGGGUCAUCCUUUGCCAGUUGAUAUAAAAAAUAUUUUAGCUUGGUUACUCAAUGAAACAUAUCAACUUGCCUAUUGCAAAAUUCAAGAUCUUAAAACAAGAAAAGGUCUCGCUCUUCAGGAUAUUCUAACAGAGCUACAUGUUUUUGUCAAUAAAAUUGAAUUCCCAGAGCCAAUGCUGAUCGAUCUUGUAAUAAAAUUGGCAGAAAUUGAAAAGAGACUAAUUCUAGGAUCAAGUGAAGCUGUUCAAUUAAAUGCUCUCGUUGCUGCUUUUCAACCACUACAUGAUAUUGAAACAUAAUUUAUCAACUUAUUUCUAAUUUAAAUUAUAAUUACAUUCAACAAUUUCUAUUUUUGUACCUUAUUAUACAGUAAAAAAAAAAAAACUACAAUAGUAAGUUGAUUUUAAAAAUAUAUUUGUGGAAAAAACAAAUACCAAUUGCAUUAAAUAUAAAAUUGAAAAAAAUUA